AGUGCAACUAUGAGGACAUGAACCGAUGAACUUUGGUUGAUUAAUUUGAAUGCGUAUCAAAAAAUGGAGGACACUCCAGAAAAACAAUCCAAUCACCAUAAAAUCAACAAUAAUCCUUCAAUUUCAUUCGUUGAUAUUAAAUUGCCAUUGGAAGAAUCCAAUUCAACCUUCAACCUUGAAAACGCAGUUUGCAGCCAUGGGCUCUUUCUCAUGGCGCCCAACCAAUGGGACCCACAAACCAAAUCCCUCAUCCGACCCCUCCGUCUUUCUCUCUCUAUCAAUGGUAAUGCCUGCAGCGAUUCCGCACUCGUCCGCAUAUCAUCUGGGCAGUCUUCGGACGAAGUAUUUAUUCGUGUUUAUGGAAAACAGUGGCUCUCGGCGGAGGAGAAGGAAGCGGUGGUGGAGCAAGUAAAAAGGAUGCUGAGAUUAUCGGAGAGAGAAGAGAUCAAAGUUAGGGAGUUUCAAGAAUUGCAUACUCAAGCUAAGAAAAUGGGUUUUGGUAGGGUUUUUAGAUCUCCUACUUUGUUUGAGGAUAUGGUUAAAGCUAUUCUCUUCUGCAAUUGCCAAUGGCCUAGGACUCUGAGCAUGUCAAAAUCCCUUUGUGAUCUUCAGCUGGAAUUACGGUGUCAAUCUGAAAGUUCGAAUGAUCAUGCGAAAUCAGAAUUUGCUAAUGGGCGUGAAAUGUUCAUCCCAACAACACCAGCAGUUAAAGAAUCGCUGAGAAAGCAAAAACGACAAAAGAUUGUAAGCAGAGAAAAUGCAGAUGCGGUAAAUGAAUCUAUAACUGAUUAUGCAAUUAUGAAAUCUGCUGAAACGGUUAAUGGCUUUCAACACGAGGAGAUAUCAGUCACAACUUCUGUCUCAUCGGCAAAAGAUGAAAAUGUAGACGAGGCUAGCACCCCCGAUCUUAAAGUUAAUGAAAAUUCCGUUGUUUUAGGAGGUUUGGUGUACACUACCCUAAACACAGGAAACUUUCCAAACCCAACAGAAUUAUCGAGCUUAGAUGAGAAAUUUCUGGCUAAGCGGUGUGGUCUUGGGUAUAGAGCUGGUCGAAUACUGAAACUUGCACAGGGUGUUAUUCAAGGGACAAUCCAACUCGACCAACUUGAAGCGUUCUGCAUGGAAACUAGCUUAUCGAACUACAAAACUGUGGAUGACAAGCUCAAACAAAUCGAGGGAUACGGUCCUUUCACACGCGGAAAUGUACUGAUGUGCUUAGGGUUUUAUAAUGUUGUCCCUACGGAUUCAGAAACUAUUAGGCAUUUGAAACAGGUUCAUGGGAGAACGACAACUAUUCAGAAAGUUCAAGAAGUUGUAGAAGCGAUGUAUAGAAGAUAUGAACCGUAUCAAUUCUUGGCAUACUGGUGGGAAAUAUGGAAAUUCUAUGAGGAACAUUUUGGUAAAUUCAGUGAAAUGGCGUCUUCGGACUACAAACUUAUAACUGCAAGUAAUAUGAGACCUAGGAAGAAGAUCAAGAGUCCCGGAUCUUCCUAAAAUAAGAAUACUACAUGAUCCGUUAUCAUAUUUUGUAAAUGUUUUCGAUAGGUUGUGUAGAUGUAGAUGUUGAAAUGUUGUAACUUGAAAGUUGAAACCACGGAUUUGUUAUUUAGUCGAAGCUCCCAUGUUGAGUACUUUACGUUCAGCCUUCAGGACAAACCGGUACUUGAAUGUUACCUUUGAGGGUUUAUGCUCAACGUGAUUGAGGUGUACUUUGAGUUGGUCCAUCCGAUUAGGGAAGCUAGUUGGAUGAGUCUGUUGGUGGCGAUUCAAAUUCGACAUGGUUUGUGGUCCGGAAGUGAAGUAGAAACUUAUUUGAUCCUUAUAUUAUACUUGGUUUGUGCAUAUGAUUAGCACUUGAACAUUGCUAAUUUCAUAGCAAUAUAUUGGGCAACUAAUCUUGAGCUA